GCUCUUUUUAGUCCAUUUGUCGAGCUUGGUUGCCUAGCCUGUUAGAUUAUGUUGUACGUAUGUCAACUGUGGUCUUAUUAUCUGCAGCUGGUAGUUGUUUUUCAAAUGUCAUGGUAGCUAGAAGUUGGUUAUACACCUCGGUAUCCGUUUCUAUGGCAUUUAUUAACCAGGCUCAUUAGGCUAAUAAAUACCAUAGUCCGUGUAUGACCUGUACGACCUAUACUUAAUUGUAAUAGAUUCUGGAAAGGUGUUGGUAGCAAUAUGAGCAAGAUUUACAUAAAUCCAUCAGUUGUGCAUCUCAUGGAGUGCAACGUGAAUGGAAACUCCCAAGGAGAAGAAUACUUGUACAUGUACAUAUCUGUAUAUUGCAGCUAUUGAGCAAUCUAGAGUCCACUAUGUUCUGUCACAAAGUAAAAGUUGAAUCGCCGCUUGAAUUAGAGCCCAAAGGGAGGGAUAUGAUUUCUGCUUAUUUUGUUCCCGAGAAGUUUAAAACGUGGAAGUCUCGCCGUUAUUCGAAAGUGCAGCUAUACAAAUAAGAGUUUUAUAACGCUUUUAAAGUUUCAUAAACACAAUUACAUGUACAAUGUAAAUAAAAAUAUUUUGUUUUUGUUUUCGGAGAUAGCUUUUUGUGCGAAUGGCUGCUAAUCACUAUCAAAGAAGCAGCUUCCUCUUCCUUUGUCGCUGAUUGUCACCCUUAACUGCUGAGCAAUUUAUAUUUCCCACCUCAAUCCCUCCCCCAUCACCUUAUAUGGAAGUAACUGGAUGGAGGAGACUUCUGAUGCUACUACUUGCUGUCUUGUCCUGGACAAAAGCUGGUUAGAAGAAGUACCAAAGAUAACUUGCAAGGAGCUGCAGGAAACGGCAAAACUCUUACCUGGGUUGAUAAACACUGAGAAAAAAGAAGGUGAAAUGACUGAGGAAGAAAAUAGAUCAAGCCCUCUGGCCAGCUCUGGCAGCAGUACACAGCUAAACCCCAGGCCAUCACUAGUCAGUCCAGAUGAUGAUCAAGGAAUUGAAUUGAUUGCAGACUUAAGCAUAAGAAAGAAAUCAAUGAGCAAGAACAAGCCUCCACAAGGUGUGCCUUUGGUGCCAUAUGUUUUCUGUGCAGAGGUUAUCCCUCAGCAUCCAUGCAUUGUACAGCAGUAUCCCCAACAUCACGGGCUUGUUCCUGACAUGUCAAUUAAAGGUAUCAGCUGCUUUAAUAAGGCACCCAAUCCUUCUGGAUUCUCUCAUUCUCCAAACCCAUUGGUUAGCAAUAGGCUAGCAAUGCCCUCAUCUGAUAGAAGGAGCUCAAUACCAAAGCUGCCCCAAAUAACAGCUUCACCUAAACCCCUCACUCAACCCAGCAGACCUCAUCAUUAUUCCGACAAUCCGGUGCGUUGCUCGGCUCGCUUGGUUUCAUCAAACAGCCAUAAAAAACCAGAGGUCCCACUUCCGUUGCAGAAUGUUCGUCAGCAACAUCAAAAGCCUUUACAAGACACAAGCAGGGCCAUGCAUCCCUCGGGAAUGGUACAUGGAGCAUUUCCUUGUAGAAGGAAGCAAAUCACUCAUCCUGGUUAUGCAAAGAGAAAUGCAUUGCCUGUUGAUUCUACUCGACCUGUGGUAUCUUAUAGAGCAACGGCAACACCUGUACAUCCUGAACCUCACUUCUAUAUUAAUCCACAGCCUCAAGUUGCUAACCCACGUGGUUAUGCAAAGAGAAAUGCGUUGCCUGUUGAUUCUACUCCACCUGUGGUAUCUUAUAGAGCAACGGCAACACCUGUACAUCCUGAACCUCGCUCCUAUAUUAAUCCACAGCCUCAAGUUGCUAACCCACCUGGUUAUGCAAAGAGAAAUGCGUUGCCUGUUGAUUCUACUCCACCUGUGGUAUCUUAUAGAGCAACGGCAACACCUGUACAUCCUGAACCUCGCUCCUAUAUUAAUCCACAGCCUCAAGUUGCUAACCCACAGCCUCAAGUUGCUAACCCACGGCCUCAAGUUGCUAACCCACGGCCUCAAGUUGCUAACCCACGGCCUCAAGUUGCUAACCCACUAAAACCUACUAAUGUACAUGUAAAAGCACCUUUUGAUUAUUUGCAAAAAACGUCAAGGAAAAUACUGCUACGCCGACCAGCGAAACCAACCAAGGAGAUUGAACCAGUUGAAGAACAAAGCCAUGCUCUUAUUGAGGAAGAAAGCACUCCUGCAGAGAAAGAAGAGAGAAUUAAAAAGAUAGUACGCAGGGCAACUUUCCUUCACCUUAAUGAGACCGAUGAGAAGGCAAAUUACCUUGUUGACUUCACACAUGUAAACCUGGAUCCAAGAACAAGAGAAAUAAUCAACAAAUUCAGAGGUAGUGUCAUUUGCAAGCUUGACAAUCUAACGGAUGAAAUAAGAGAAGACUAUGAAAAGUUCCUAGAUGAUAUGGAUGCUAUCCAUUACUAUAGAAGAAGACAAGCUGAACAAGUGCUAAAGGAUUACUCACCAAGAUCACUGCUGGCUAUAUCUUCUGCAAUGCCAAACAUAGAAUUGCUCCAAGCAGCUAUUAAGCCUGAAGUCCUCACUCUAGUUUAUGAUUUUAAAAUGGAUUCUUAUGUCUCCCUGUAUAGGAAAAUGAAGGAGCUGCUUGAUGACUACAUGGACGGUGCUAAAGCAAAGUCCAUUGGAUUUGUAUGCAAAGGUGCACCUGGAUAUAUGUAUUUAUUGCAUGGGAAGCCAAUCACUCCAGCAAAGCUACUGAAAGAUAUUGACCUGCUGAAGUUCUGGAAAGAGAUAGGUUCCUUAACGAGUAAAAUAUCAAUUGGUAAUCUUUCAGUAGUGCAUCUAAUGGAAAGCAAUGUUGCUGGAAACCCACAAGGAGUUGAACUUUUGAGUAAUUUUGAAGCUGCUAUGUUUACAAAUAGAGUGAAAGUGGUUUCUCCACAUGAGUUAGAGCCAAAAGGACGUGAAAUGAUUCAAACUUAUUUUUUCCCGGAGAAAUUCAAGAUGUGGAAAAUGAAAAGAAAUUCCAUACUGAGAUUGUAUCCAUACUGAGAUUGUAUCCUGUUAAAGACUAAUCAAUGCACUUUCUUCAUCAAGAACAAUAAUAUUAAUGUGAAUAAUAAUUAAUGUACACUGUAAAUAAUGGGAAUAAUAAUUAAUUUACACUGUAAAUAAUAAUUAUUAAUGUGUUGUUAAUGUGAAUAAUGUAUCAAAUAAUUUAUCAAAAUAAUAAA